UGACAGUUGCUAUUUCUAAAUCUCGCUCACGGUUGUCUCUACGGUUGGUUCUUGUGUGAAAAUUGUAUUGACUAUUUUUCUAGAACGAAAACUAAUUAGUUUUUAUUACGUAUUCGCCUGUAUGAGUAUUAAUUACUCUAUGAAUUCAGUGUGUCAAUAGUAUUUAAUUCGGUGUUUGAUGUGAAUUCUGCGUCCGUAUUUGUGAUAUGACGACGUUAUUUUUAUUACAAUAAAAAUCAUGAAUAUCUUCUUGAAUUUUGCGUCGAUUCUCCUAUAUUUGGUGGCACAAUGUCAGGGAUCUGGAACAGAUAUCGCGCUGGACGCGAAAGCCACACUUCUACAUCGAAUAGACAGUUUAAAUCUUUUAAUAUACACUUGUCUGUUAACGCUAACUGUGCUCACGAUUUGGGUAUUUAAACAUCGUCGUGUGAGCUGGCUUCACGAAACAGGACUUGCUGUAAUUUAUGGUCUAAUCGUAGGAGCAAUAAUUCGCUAUGCAGCUAGUACAAACCAAGUUACCUACAUCAAUGUGCACCCUGCACCAGACACAAAGUACAAUCUAUCAGUCCCACCAGACAUGUUACGCCUGCACUUCCCUGAUAAGAUGCAGGUGUCUUCAGGAGAUGCUCCAGUACCAAACAAGACUUAUGCAUAUAGCUUUAGAGGAGAAAUAGUAAAUGUGGAGCAAAAUGAGAUAGACCUUAAGGCAACAUUUGAUCCUGAGAUAUUUUUUAAUAUAAUUUUACCGCCUAUUAUAUUCCAUGCUGGAUAUUGUCUUAAAAGGAAAUAUUUCUUCCGUAACUUGGGAGCGAUAUUAACGUUCGCAAUGGUUGGCACGGCGCUCUCGGCGCUCGUGAUCGGCUCCCUGAUGUACGGCUGCGUACAACUGAUGCCGGCGUCCCUCGCAUCCAGCUUCACCUUCCUAGACACCUUGUAUUUUGGUGCAUUGAUCUCACCCACCGAUCCGCUGACUGUUCUUGCCAUUUUCUCGCAACUUAAGGUGGAUGUUAAUCUUUAUGCGAUGAUAUUCGGGGAAAGUGUUCUCAAUGACGCAGUGGCUCUUGUACUCAGCGGAGCCAUACAAAACUAUGAGUUGAGGUAUUCCAAUGAUGGCGGUUUCGAGAUCACCGCGUUCCUGGGUGCGAUUGGAGACUUUAUCGGGAUCUUCAGUCUGUCGUUGCUGGUUGGAGCUCUCAUGGGAUGCUUGACGGCAUUGAUGACCAAGUUCACCCAUGUGCGAGAAUGGCCACUACUGGAGUCGGCGCUUUUCGUGCUCAUGUCCUACGCAGCGUUCCUUAUUGCUGAAGUCUGCGAGUUGACAGGUGUGGUGGCAGUACUGUUCUGUGGUAUAUGCCAAGCUCACUAUACGUACAACAAUCUGUCUUCGGACUCCCGCAACCGAACCAAGCAACUGUUCGAGCUGCUCAACUUCUUGGCUGAGAACUUCAUCUUUACUUACAUCGGCGUGUCCAUGUUCACCUUCCCGAAACAUCACUUCGACCCGUGGUUCAUCAUCGCUGGAUUUGUAACUUCAGUUCUGGGUCGGGCGGUCAAUAUCUAUCCUCUAUCGUUCCUACUCAAUCUUGGACGCAAACCACCGAUACCGAUGAAUUUCCAACACAUGCUGUUCUUCUCAGGUUUACGAGGAGCGAUGUCUUUCGCCUUAGCCAUACGUAAUACAGUAUCGGAAGCUCGACAAGCUAUGUUGACGACUACUUCGUUGAUCGUCAUAGCCACUGUCGUACUACAGGGAGGCGCCGCUACGCAUGCACUCGCAUAUCUACGUAUACCUACUGGAGAAUCUGGCAACGACGAAAAUGACGCUCUACCCUACCGAGAUGUGAGAAGCCUGUACCAGGCCACGGACUCUGCUGGACCGAGAGGCCGCAUGGUAGUUAAGUGGGCUAAUGGCGCGAAGGAAGUGAUUAUGCCUUGGGAACUAAGCGGUAUCGAAGAUACGCCUCGAGAUCGCGGUGAAGGUUCCACAGGGCAGAAAGCUCGCCUCGCUCGAUUGUGGGGCGCAGUUGACUCCAAACUGCUGAAGCCACUGCUUACUCACGCUCGGCCGCCGCUCACCGAGACUCUACCAGCAUUCAUGAGACCUCUGGCUCGAGUGCUUACUACCACUCAUCAGUAUACACAAGGGGAUAAUUCGCUGCGUAGAACCGACUCGGACUCAGACUUGUGCAUCGACGAACAACACCCCAUCCCCACUAGUAUUGACCCACAGCAAUUAUGGCCAGGACUAGUGGACACAAGGAUUUCUGUGGAAGGUAUUACUGGUAGUAACAUCUGAAUUUGUAUUGAAUACUAUUGUAAAAUUGAGUGCCACAAAUUUUAUAUUAUUAUAAUGACUUUUCUGCGCAAAUUGAGAUUUUAACUGUUUAUAAAUUACACUUUCGACACGCGUAGUCAUGUUACCUAUAUGCCACCUAUGUUCAGCGGAUUCUUUGCCUUAUCUGAAGACUAUAAACAGUUAAAAUGUUAGUAAGUUAGUGUUGUUAUGGCCAGUGUGUGCUUAAAUCGUAAUGUUUACAAGAAAUCACUAUCUGGAUUUAUAAUGAAUUUGUAUUUUAAUGUGAUAAUGAUGAGAGGUGAGCAUAAGAUCUGAUCAUACACUAAUUAAGAAUUCAUGGCUGCAAUGCAAUUAAUUAUAAAGUUGUAGACUCGGGGGUCGUGUACUAAGCACUCCCGAAUUAGAUAAUGCAGUUACUUUUAAUUGUAGUUAUAUUAUUUCUUUCUUAGACAAAAUCUCCUCUCCUCUUUUUCUCCGCGUGGUAUUAGCACGUUCCUUGAAUGUAGCAAUAGCUUUAUUUUGUAUCACCAAAAUUAUGUACACUCAACUUGAAAAAAGUAAACGUUAGCUUCGUUAGCGUGAGCGCAAUAGUUGCCUUUUUUACGAAUUCUUCAAUUAAAACAUUUUCAUGUUAAACGAUCUAGUCUACUAUUAUGUACCUACUUACUGAUUAUAAUAAAACGAAUAUCGUGCUUGUUUUAGGACAUUUGAUUUCGAUCUUUUUGUUGACCAUCAAAUGGAAGAUUUAUUUUAAGUUGCUGGGAAAGGGUAGUUAGUGUUAAAUUAUGUGAGUUCCAAUCGACUUGUUAUUUUACUUAUGCGUCCAUGAUUGUUAUUAUGAAAUUAUUACUCAUAAAAUGGUUUUUAAAACCUUAUGCUUAUUUUGUAAUUUUAGAUUUAUUAUGAAUUAAAGAGAUUCUCCGUUUUCAACUUCAAAAUGAUGUCUGCAUCGAGUUUAUUUCAAUAGCUGUUUUAUCCCUUGUAUUUUGAAAUAUUGCAAAUGCUACUUUUUGCAGUAUGUAUUCCUAGAUAGUAUUUUCGCCACGCAUUAAUACCUCAUUAUUGCAGUACUAUUAGUAACAAAAAAAUAAGUGUAUAGAACUUUUUGUAUGUAACUGUACAUUUGUCUCUGCAUUUCAUCUUUAUAAAAAAUAUAUUUUUUCAAUAACAUCCUUUCAUACCGCUUUUAAUGUCUCAUAUCAUAUUAUGUAUUACAUAGACAUAGUAUUUUACUGAUUAAUGAUUUGAUCUCAAGUUGUCAGGAUUAAAAUGGCUAGAAAAUAGUAUUUUUCAAAAUUUUAUACAAGUGUCCUCAUCAGUUGUUUUUGUGUAAAGUAAAUCUGCUUAGUUUUAAAAACUUGGCAAAUUGAAUUUCUUUAUGUGUAUUAAAACUCUGAACUUUA